GAGUCUGUGGAGUGGACACAGCAUGCAUGACUGUUAACAGCAAGUACUGAGUCUGUGGGGGAGGGCUGGACACAACAUGCAUGACUGUUAACAGCAAGUACUGAGUCUGUGAAGGAGGGUUGGAUGCAGCAUGCAUGACUGUUAACAGCAAGUACUAAGUCUGUGGGGGAGGGCUGGAUGCAACAUGCAUGACUGUUAACAGCAAGAACUGAGUCUAUGGGGGAGGGCUGGAUGCAGCAUGCAUGACUGUUAACAGCAAGUACUGAGUCUGUGAAGGAGGGUUGGAUGCAGCAUGCAUGACUGUUAACAGCAAGUACUAAGUCUGUGGGGGAGGGCUGGAUGCAACAUGCAUGACUGUUAACAGCAAGUGCUAAGUCUAUGCAGUGGACACAGCAUGCAUGACUGUUAACAGCAAGUACUGAGUCUGUGGAGGAGUGGACACAGCAUGCAUGACUGUUAACAGGUAGUACUGAGUCUGUGGAGUGGACACAGCAUGCAUGACUGUUAACAGCAAGUACUGAGUCUGUGGGGGAGUGGACGCAGCAUGCAUGACUGUUAACAGCAAGUACUGAGUCUAUGGGGGAGGGCUGAACACAACAUGCAUGACUGUUAACAGCAAGUACAGAGUCUGUGGAGGAGUGGAUACAGCAUGCAUGACUGUUAACAGCAAGUACUGAGUCUGUGGAGUGGACACAGCAUGCAUGACUGUUAACAGCAAGUACUGAGUCUGUGGGGGAGUGGACGCAGCAUGCAUGACUGUUAACAGCAAGUACUGAGUCUGUGGAGGAGUGGACACAGCAUGCAUGACUGUUAACAGCAAGUACUGAGUGUGUGGAGUGGACACAGCAUGCAUGACUGUUAACAGCAAGUACUGAGUCUGUGGAGGAGUGGACACAGCAUGCAUGACUGUUAACAGCAAGUACUGAGUCUGCAUGACUGUUAACAGCAAGUACUGAGUCUGUGGGGGAGUGGACACAGCAUGCAUGACUGUUAACAGCAAGGACUGAGUCUGUGGGGGAGUGGACACAGCAUGCAUGACUGUUAACAGCAAGUACUGAGUCUGUGGGGGAGUGGACACAGCAUGCAUGACUGUUAACAGCAAGUACUGAGUCUGUGGGGGAGUGGACGCAGGGAGGUAACUCUGCUUUCACUGGAGCCAGUGGACAUAAUGGUUGGGCAUUUGGUGUAAGCCACACGUGACAUUGAAUACCUGGAUAAGAUGUCUAAAUAACAUUAAUAAUUGGAACGUGAACAACGCGGUCCUGGCCUUACACACAGUGACCGCGUUCUGUGAAUUAGGCUGAGCAAACAAUUGAUAUAGGACAAGAACUCCUCAGUGUCCACACUGCCCCCAGCUUGCUGUAAGAAACUGUACAUGUUGUAUGAUAAUGGAUAAAAAGAAGAAGCGGGGAAGUUAUUUUUUGUCUUUUAGAAGACACAAAAAGAAGAAAUGGGACUUUGAAGAAACUGCCAACUUUGAUCGAAACAAGAACAUCCAAAGAGAGGCUGUAACUGAUUUGGAUGUAGACCAACCAAUCAAGGAGCCUGGUACUUCAGAUCUUGAAUCAGAACAGCCAAUUGGAGAGCCUAAUACACCUUCCAACUCCAGACGACUUGUCAAGGCUUUGUUAAACAAACGGGAUUACUUACGAGCACAAGUGCGACAUUUUCAACAAAAUUUCUCAGGAUUCCGUUUUAUACGUCGCCGAGGAGUUGCAGCGCGAGAAGAUGAAACUGUCCCAGUGCCCUGCUGCAGUGAUGAAGACCUCCCAGACUUUGUGACAGAUGGAAACAGAGAUUGUGAGAUCCAAGAUGUCUGCCAUGGUGAUGCGAUGGCAGUGAAGCGGGCUGUUGAUCGGAGCGUGUCUGUCGAGGGCGCGGCUCACGAAGCAGCGAUGAAGGAAGGUGGAGGAACAGCAGGCGGGCCCUAUGGGGCUGCAAAACCAGCAGGCCCAGGUCAGAGGUCAGCCCCAUCUAGAGCAGGUCAGAGGUCGGCCCCAUCUGUAUCAGAUAUGAUGGGGACAGGGGUCAAGAGCUGGACGGAGCUGAUGGAGAGCCUGAGUCCUAAAGUGGACGAACCGUUGCCAGAAAUGACAAAGGCUGAUGACGACGCCUUUGUGGAUGACCUCCCCCUUGGAAGUGAAGGUUGUUUCUCUCCAGCCAACACAUUGUCAGCCGUCCCCAACACAGUCAGUGCGACUACAGCGGCCCCGCUUGACCCCCGGCUGGCCAGUCUGAAAGCUGCCGGUAACUACGGCUGGACAAGCUUCAACUCGGAGGUCUCCGGCCAGACCAGCGGCUCCAGCGCCAACAGUCUCGACAUUUUACUGUCUCAACGUAAUGUGGAUCCAGAGCAGAUGUUGCGAAGUCUUGGUUUCGGUUUCGCCCAUGAGCAGGAGACGCCGAUGCUGCGAGUGCCGGUACGCUUCAUGCAGAAGUCUCACGCCAGCGGCAUCAACAUCGCGGACUUCCUCACCGAGUACCCCGAGCUCCAGCAAGUCAUGAUGAAGAAAUCAGGCAAAUGGGGGUCUCUGUCCAAAUCCAUCUCAACGAUGCUGGCCAUGAAGUCGAUCAUCGGUCACACCACAGCAGCGUCACCUCCCAGCAGCAGCAAUAACAACAACAUCGCUGCCGUUGCCGCUGCUGAGUCAGGCCCUCCUGAUGUGGAGUCUCCCCAGCAUGUGAUCCAUCCUCGCAUCCUCAGUGCAGAGAAUCAACGUGCGCUGGCUAGUCAGGGGUAUUAUGACUGUAACGUUCCCCGAGUCGAGAGGAAAGAUGUCAGACAGGGGAUGACAUCUGAUGUUCACAUGAGGAAACCGGUGCUGGAUGCUGCAACUAGGAGGGAGCGUUUCCAGAAGACAAGAAGCACCAAACGAUGGAGCAUGGUGGAAUCAACAGAUGACCCCAUAGAAAAUGUGGACAAUGGGGAAAUGUGGAUUUCCCGGAGCCUGGAUGAGUCCAAGGGGAGGCACUCCGGCACUGACUUCAGUAGUUCCAUGGACAGCUCCGACUCCCCAGCCAAUGAUUCCAGGACAUCCUCCAUCAGUGAAAAGAGGCGGCUAUUUGAGGAGGAGAUGAUGAAGAGAAGUGGAGAAGAUCUUGGUAGCAUCAGCCGCAACAGGGAACACCAGGUGAAUGUUCUGAUGGAUGACGAUGAUGAGGAUGGGAACUAUGUUGUGUCAGGGUGUCCAUCCAAGCAGAGCACAAUAGAGAAAGUGGCAUCAGUGAUUGAAGUUGACAGUGACAGAAAUGAUGUCAGGAUCGUUGUUUCAGAUACAGACCCGAGUGCUCGGGAUGUUACUGAUUCAGGGAGCGUCUUGCCCAAGUCAGUAAAUGGCACUCAUUCGUUACUGACUAUUGUGAAUGCACAGCUGGAGCGCUUGUCUGACUCUGGGUCAGAUUACACCCUGGUGGAAAGUCCACGGCCUUCAAUGGAUGUGGAAGUCUCUCACCCUGUUCUCAUGCAGACAUUAUCCAAAGAUUCUGUGUUCGAAGAGUCAGAUCGGACAGACAGAAGUGUUUCGGUCAGUUGUCAGACAUCUUUCGAUGGUCACAAACUGGAUGAAAAUGACAACUUUUCGUCAGCAAAGGUGAAGUCUGUUAUUGAUGAUGUGAAGCGCAGUCAGGAUGAUCUGACGAGGAUGGGGAGUGUGCAGUCUGACAGCAGCGGGUUUGGUGACGCUGACAACACAGCUGACCUGCCUGCACCGGAAAAUGAUCGGGCCUGGGUGGCAAGUCUCGGUAGCAGCAGUGAGAGUGCAGGAACGCUUGCAAGCAGCAACACCACCGUCCUCGUGCACGAUGUUGUCACCGAUAUGGCCACACAGACGUCGCUGUCAGAGCAUGCACGUCAUGUGACAGCAAUGGAGCUGACAGUGCCACAGGAUCCCAAGUUGAAUUCUUUCAGACGGACUUUUGGAGAGAAUGUUGAGCCAAAUGGUGAUCUAUCUAGUCGAUUUAUCAGUACAUUCUAUAUACCACCAUUGGGCAAAACAACACCCUCGUCAAUCAUCAAACAAGAGUCAGAAACCAAAGUUUGUGGACAAAGCUUAGUUCUGGGGAAAACAAGAGUUUCUGUCAUUGUGCCAAACACGUCUCAAAAUAGCAUUGAAAUUCAAAAUAAUAGUCAAGAGCAGAAGUCCCAAGUGAAGACAGUACACACAACCAAGGAGGUCCAUGUGUCUCCAUUCUAUCAGAUCAGAGCCCCACUAGCCAAACCUGAGCGGUUCGAGAGUGAUGAAGACCUCCGGGGGAGUUACCUCCCUUCUCAUUGGGAGUCCCCCCACUCAGCAGCUCGACAAGGUGGUGGCAUAAGGCAUGUGUUGGAGGUGUCGCAGCAGGAGAGUGCGAGACACACGUCUGCUGUGUCUGUGUUGAACCUGAGUGUGGCCGACAGCGGUGAGUUUGGGUCCCGGAUUUCGCUGGCGGAGGAUGACAGUGACUACUCAUGCUCCUCCGUAGCAGAGAGUACAGCCAGCUGCAGUUCCGGGGAGAUUCUCGACUACAGGAAGUUGGUCCGCCUCAUCAACCAGCCCGUCUCAUACAGGGGUCGUCAUCGAAGUUUUACUCGCUACCGACCCAAGAAACACAUACGGGACUGGCCGAGUCUGAUGAGAAAGAAGAGAAUCCAGGAGGAGACACGCCUGCUCCAGCACUCGCUACAGAAGUACAAGGCGGAGCUGCAGGUGAUGGAGACCUCCUGUCUGCUGCAGUACCAGCUGGCUUACGAGGAUCUGGCGGAGGAUGAGAGGGAGGAGGUGGAGGAGCUGCAGCUGCUGUGGCGGGAACUGAGGGAGCAGAUCUACAACAUGGAGCAGCUGCUGUCACACAGAAUGAAGGCCGUCACCAAGGGCAAUGACUUCUUCACCUUUCUUUCAACACUUAAUGUCAUCCAGAGCAUGACAGAGUUGCUGAAGGAGCAGAUGUAUCAACAGACGGUGAGCUCGAGUCUUGAGCAGGAACAGGAAGAGGAGGAGGAGGAGAUGAGGGAGGAGGGGGAAUCCCAGACAUCCUUCACCCACAGCUCCCCCUUCCUGCCACCCUCACCCAUGCACGGGUAUCCAUCUGUGUUUGGUUUACCGGGCAGUGGGCCCCCCGAGUACACCCCACAGCACAGCCUUGUUGAGAUGCGUCGGUCACUGAUCGAGGAGAUGCGGGAAGAGAUGAAUCGCAGCACACAGCAGCUUCAGCUGGACAUGCAGUCCAAGGACAAUGAAAUUCAGCGUCUGAACCUUGAACUUAUGAUGCAGACUUCAUGGCCUUCUGUAAGGUCAAGGUCAACUCACAGUCUUCCACAUCGCCGAAGCACGCGGCAGACAGACGUGUAGCACAAGGACCAGCUCCACGUAGUUGGCAAGGAUGUAUCCUCUCACUGUCAUGCACAGAGAGCAUAGACUGCAGGCAGAGAGAGCAUAGACUGCAAACAGAGAGAGCAUAGACUGCAGACACAGAGAGCAUAGACUGCAGGCAGAGAGAGCACAGACUGCAGGCACAGUGAGCGUAGUGGAGUUGUGCUUCAGCGUGUCGUGUAUGAACAUCCAAGUCCUUCUGGAGGUGAAUCCUGGCUUUUGAAAAGUGGUGUCACAAAUUGAACAAAAGAAAACAAAUGACAGUGAAGUUGACAAGAAACAGGCAACAAGAGUGCACAACCCC